UUGCUGCCUGACAUUAAUCUCUGUGUUGUCAUUCUGAUUCCCUGGAAUGCUACUAUGUCAUUUGGAAAAUUCUGGACUCCCUAAGCACUGCUGUGAGUCAUGGACAGGUCCAACAUGACUUCCACAGACUUCACCUUUUUGGGGCUAUUCGGCAGUGAGGAAACCUCAGGCCUGCUCUUCACCAUCAUCUCCAUCAUCUUCCUCUCCACACUGACAGCCAAUGGGAUCAUGAUCCUCCUGAUCCACACUGACCCCCGCCUCCACACCCCCAUGUACUUCCUGCUCAGCCACCUGUCCUUCAUUGACAUGAUGUACAUCUCCAUUGUGCCGAAGAUGCUGGUGGACCACGUGCGUGGCCAGAGGGCCAUCUCCUUCGUGGGGUGCACAGCCCAGCACUUCCUCUACCUCACCCUUGUCGGGGCCGAGUUCUUCCUGCUGGGGCUCAUGGCCUAUGACCGCUAUGUCGCCAUCUGCAACCCGCUGAGAUACCCUGUCCUCCUGAGCCGCCGGGUCUGCUGGAUGAUCAUAGCGGGCUCCUGGUUUGGGGGCUCCCUGUACGGCUUCCUCCUCACCCCCAUUACCAUAAGCUUUCCCUUCUGCAGAUCCCGGGAGAUCAACCAUUUCUUCUGUGAGGCACCUGCAGUCCUGAAGCUGGUAUGUGCAGACACAGCCCUCUAUGAGACUGUCAUGUACGCCUGCUGUGUUUUGAUGCUGCUGAUCCCGUUCUCUGUGGUGAUUGCUUCCUAUGCCCGCAUACUGACUACCGUAUACCGCAUGAGCUCGGUGGAGGGGAGGAAGAAGGCGUUUGCCACCUGCUCAUCCCACAUGAUGGUGGUCACACUGUUCUACGAGGCCGCCAUGUACACCUACAUGCUGCCUCGCUCUUACCACACCCCGGCCCAGGACAAGGUGCUGUCUGCCUUCUACACCAUCCUCACCCCGCUGCUGAACCCCCUCAUCUACAGUCUGUGGAACAAGGACGUGAUGGGAGCACUGCAGCGGGCACUGGGUAGAAUCAAAGGCUCUCAAAGUGUAGCAGGAGGCAACUUCUGAUGUCUGUGCCUGCCCAUGCAGACAGCAACUAGGACCGCGGUCCCAGCAACCACACCAGCAUCAAACGUGGAAACAGGAAAGAAGAGUUCAACAAGGGACUGGGUAAACGUUAACACUAAAAAAAACUGUCCUCAUGACAUCUCUCCCUCUCUACUUUGUUUCUUAUCCCUUUCCUUUCAUUGCUCCA